AUGCCCACCUCGGACUUGGGUUGUCACAAGUGUCGACAGCUUCGCAUUUCCAAGCAAGACCCGGCGUCCAUGAAUGGAUUACCAACUGAAGUGACCGGAACGCCGGAUGACUCAGGCCAACAUUGUCGACUGCCCGGUCUCAGGACAUUCAACGCAUCGUCUACUGCGACGUUGAUGUUCUCGUCAGGGCGUGGCACAACAACAACAAGACAAGACUUGGGAUGCUUUGAUUAUUCCAUUCAAAGCAUGUCGCUCAUCAUCGGUUUCACAUCCUAUAAUGGCCGUUGUCUGGAUGAUCACAGGCGUCGCAACAUGGGAAUGCCUUCUCUGGCUUCUGCGGGAUUGGUCGUGAAACGGUUCCGUCCAUCCGGACAUCCAAUCAGCGACACCACCUCCGGGUCUUCGAGGGAUGGUACAGUAUGUACAGUGGCGGAAGAGCCCUACAGGAUGCACGACACCCCCAAAUCGCCCCAAUGCUCCCGUUCUUCAGCGCAUCAGAAGCGUACGGGUUUCGAUGGCGCACCACUCCGGCCCGUUGCAUGGAUGUGGUGCCGCUGUGUACCUAUCAUUUCCAUUUUGGGUCACGCAGCGUCGACGACACCAUCACGAUACUACACAGUACCUCAAGUCGAUCCAGUCUCUUCCGACAGUUCAAGUGAUGCCAAGUCCAUGGUGGUAUUUGGCGUGGUGAUUUGUUUUUGUCGUUUGUAUCAUGAUGGCUCUUCAGGCGAGCAGCUUGCCUCACGCUCAUAG